AUGGGAUUGGUGGAGGAGGCGGAGAGGGAGGCGGCGUCGACGAAGCGGGAGCUGGAGGACGUCAAGGUGAAGCGCGAGGAGGCCCGCAAGCGCCUCCGCCUCAAGCAGCAGCAGCAGAUCCAGUCUCUCAAGAUGAAUUCGAUGCAGCGGCAGAUAGGGCAGAAGCAGCAGUCCCUCGCGGCGCCCCCGCCCGGGUCGCGUGCGAGUUCGCGGCAGAGCACGCGGGCGUCGAGGCGGGUGUCAGGAGGUCAGGUGGUGAGCCACAUCACGCGCGUCAUCCAGGAGAUGGCCCGUCUGGAGGCCACCGUGACGUCGGCCGAGGAGGCCCAGGCGCGGGCCGAGAGCGAGCUGCUCGAAUACGCCGCCGAGCGACGAAAGACCGAGGAGGCCCUCGUCGCCAUGCAACAACAGCUCGAAAAUGUGACCACCAUGCUGGGGUCGGCGAUCGACGAGAUGCGGGGCGACGCGCAGCUCGUGGAGCUGCUCACGGAGGUCAAGGUGGGCCUCAACGGGUGCCACAUGAUCCUCACCUGCAAGACCCUCACCCUGCCCGCCGCCGGUGGCGCUCAGGGAGGCGCCGCCGCCUCCUCCCAGCAGGAGAAGCUCGCCAGGCGCCGCGGCAUGACCUUUGGCGCGGCCCCCGCCGUGCCGUCGGCGCCUGCCCCGCCGCCCCCCGCCCCCGCAUCGUCCGGCUUUGUUCCUCCGCCUCCGCCGCCCGCGGCCGACUUAUCUCUGCUGUCGGCCAUCCGAGAAGGCAAGCAGUCGGCUGACCUGCAGGCCCUGCGUCAGAAGAGGGCGAGCAUGCGCAAGAGCGUGGUGGUCGUCCAAUCUCUCACGGACACCCUCCGCGAAGCCAUGAAGAUGCGCAAUGAUGCCAUGAUGGGCGGUGAGGACGACGAUGACGAAGACGAGGAUGACUGGCUUGGCUGA